AUGGUGCUAAUGAUUAUAAUGUUUCCGCUUCUUCUUCUUCUUCUCUUCUUGGCCGUAGAAUCAAAGUCCAUGGGAAGCUACGGUUUAGCUCUAGCAUCUUACUACGUAGAGAACGAACUAUCUCUCUCUAUCAUCAACCUAUACCUCAGUUCUUACGAUCAAUUCAACUACGAACCAAUCCUCAGGUACAACCGUAACAUACAGAACAACAACAAAAACAAAGAUUUGAUCAUCCCUAUAGGUUCAAGGGUUCGUGUACCUUUCCCUUGCGAAUGUCAACCUGGAGACUUCCUUCGCCACAACUUCACAUACCGUUUCCAACAGAUAAAUACUUACGAAAGAGUUGCCAUAAGGAGAUACGCGAAUCUCACCACGGAAGGUUCCUUGCAAGGGAGGAAUCCUUUUCCGGCUAACAACAUCCCUCCUUCUGCGACGCUUAAUGUGCUUGUGAAUUGUUCUUGUGGUGAUGAGAGUGUUUCCAAGGAUUAUGGUUUGUUUGUUACGUAUCCUCUUCGUCCUGAGGAUAGUCUCGAUAUGAUUGCUAACUCUUCUGGUGUACCGGGGGAUGUUAUAAGUAGGUAUAACCCUGGCGUUGAUUUCAGCUCCAGGAAUCGGAUCGUCUUUGUCCCUGGGAGAGAUCCUAGUGGUGCAUUUCCACAUUUUCAAUCAAGUAAAAAAGGUGGUAUUGGUGUUGGAGUUAUCGCUGGUAUAUGUGUAGGAGUGGUUGUGGCUCUUAUGUUAAUCUCGCUUUUCAUAUAUUAUGCUUACCGGACGAGCAAGUCCAAGGGUGAUUACCGUGAUUGCGGACGCUGCAACGUCCGGGUCGGGGUCUUUCAAGUGUUUUCUGGCAUUUCUGCCAUAAACGUAGAUAACUCUGUUGAUUUUUCGAUGGAGGAGCUCGCAAAGGCUACUGAUAAUUUCAGUCUGUCUUUUAAGAUCGGGCAAGGUAGUUUUGGAGCUGUUUACUAUGCAGAGCUUAGAGGAGAAAAAGCUGCGAUCAAGAAGAUGGACAUGGAGGCAUCGAAGCAGUUCUUGGCGGAACUAAAAGUCUUAACACAUGUACAUCAUGUCAACCUGGUUCGCCUGAUUGGAUAUUGUGUUGAGGGGUCUCUGUUCUUGGUCUAUGAAUAUGUUGAGAAUGGCGACCUUGGACAACAUUUACAUGGCUCAAGGUUAGAACCGUUACCGUGGACUAAAAGAGUGCAGAUUGCGCUAGACUCAGCUAGAGGCUUAGAAUACAUACACGAGCACACGGUUCCAGUCUAUGUUCAUAGGGACAUUAAAUCUGCCAAUAUUUUGAUAGACCAGAACUUCCGAGCAAAGGUCGCUGAUUUCGGUUUAACAAAGCUGAUAGAAAUUGGAGGCGCAGCAACUCGUGGUGCAAUGGGUACAUUUGGUUACAUGGCACCAGAGACAAUCUACGCACAAGUGUCUGCAAAAGUGGAUGUAUAUGCAUUUGGAGUUGUCCUAUUCAAAUUGAUUUCUGCGAAAGGCGCGGUUGUCAAAAUGAAUGAAUCCGUUGGUGAAUUUAAAAGCCUCGUUGGUGUGUUCGAUGAAGUAGUAUUCAAUAAGGAGACUGACAAAGAAGAAGCACUACGCAAGAUUAUAGACCCGAGGCUCGGAGAUCAGUACCCGUUUGAUUCGGUAUAUAAGAUGGCGGAAUUAGGGAAAGCUUGUAGUACGCAACAAAAUGCGCAACGACGUCCGACUAUGAGAUACAUUGUGGUUGCUUCAUCAACUCUUUUAUCGUCUACCGGAAAUUGGGACCAUGUUGCAAACUUCCAAAACGACGACCUCCUCGGUCAGAUGUCCGGCCGGUAG